CCGAACAGUUCUGUUCCAGCACUCGAAGUGAUCGCACGCGCCUCUCAAUCGUACGUGCUUUGUCUGAGUUUACAGGCCCCCUUAGAUUGUCAUCCAUUUUAAAAAAUUAUCAACAUGUCGAAGAAAGUUGCAAAAUUGGCCAAUCCGCAUUUGGAUACCAUGCCGGCGGAUUUUUUGUACCACCUGGACAUUAACGUGGCCGAUACCCAGGACACUAGUGAUAUUCAGCGGAAGUUCGGCGACGUCAGGGUUAUCUGCAUGGGGGGAACUAUUAGCCGGAUGCGGGACCUAACCCUACACUUGCGAGGGGUUUUGGUACUGCCUGACUCCAGCGAUCCUGUGGAUUUGUGUGAGCGCGGCCAUCGGUACGCCAUGUUCAAAGUGGGUCCAGUUUUGUGCGUGAGUCACGGCGUUGGCUCCUCAACAUUCAGUGUGGUCCUUCACGAGCUGCUCAAGUUGGUCAGGUACGCCCAGUGCCAGGACCCCGUCUUCGUGAGGAUCGGAACUUGCGGAGGAGUCGGAGUGCCACCUGGUACUGUGGUGGUCACUAAGGAUGCAUUCAAUGGUCUGCUGCGCAACGAACAUGAGAUCGCUAUUCUUGGGAAGCGAGUGGUGCGACCAGCGAAGUUUUCCGAAGAAGUGAUCAAGGAGAUUAUGGCAUAUGGUGCCGAUCCCAAUGACAAAUUUCAAAUCAUAAGUGCCAACACAAUGGGAACAGAUUGCUUCUACGAGGGUCAGGGACGCACCGACGGAGCAAUAUGCGAGUAUACAGAAGAGGACAAGAUGGUUUUCCUGCAGAAGUGCCACGAUCUGGGAAUCCGCAACAUUGAAAUGGAGGCCAGCAUGUUUGCCUCAGUGACCCAAAAAGUGGGGGUCAAGGCGGGCGACGUCUGCGUGACACUAAUUAAUCGCCUUAAAGGGGAUCAGGUUACUAUUACCAUGGAUCAGAAGCACGAAUUCGAGCAACGGCCUUUCUUGGUCGUGGGUCGUUACAUUAAAAAACUUCUGCAGCAGUAGUUCUGCCAUCAUUUAUUUGCAUUUUAUACAUUUAUAUUUUUGAAUAAACUUUAUGAAACAGCGCACGUUUAGUGCGGCAUUUAUCCAACCUUUAAA